UCUCCUCUUCUUCUUUCAUCCUCUCUUCCAUCUUUCUUUAUAUCACCCACAGCCAACUUAGUAGGACAGAACGUCCGACACCUUCACAUUUCACCAAUCAACGUUGCCCAACACGCAAUAACAGGCCUGCCCCACACCUCCUUGGACCCUCAUUGUCCUUGCCUAUAGCCUCCAUCAUAUCUCCGCUCAUAGCCAGCUAUACACGUCAACUCCUUUUCUUACGUGUUUCAAGCUAUCCCAACGCGAUAAACUUGUGUCGAGUGGCAAAGGGCAUACGUAUUCAUCAAACUUCUCAGGCAAGGUCUUCAGAUAUCAGUUUACGACACUUCACGUCUUUUUUCAGUUGACGAUCAAUUUCUUGUCCCACUCUACGAAAAUGACGAGCCCUUCAGCUCAACCAAUGAUCCCACGUUCCCAACCUCCUAGGCCAUCUCACACCCAGUCCUCACCAGCCAUCAACUCGACAGGCAUAAAACCUAAUGGUCCGCCUUCUGUCAUCAGACGGGCUCCAAGUGUUCCUGUCAACCCAAGUACUGCUGCAGCGUCAGGAAGUUUGUCUUCUCUUUUGAAGAGCGAAAAUACUGCACAAGCUGUCUCACGAUCGUCUCCUCCAACAGAGCCGAAUGAUCUUCCCAGACCCAUUGAGCCAACACCCAUGCUUCCUAUAACGGGUCUACCCAAUUCUUCCUCGUCAUCGUCCAACGCCAGACACGGUUCUUCUUCUUCCAUUUCUCGGGGACCUUCAGUGACUGGAACCCUAACACCUGCGACAACGGCCCUUGGCGCGCCUAUAGAACCGACUCCACCGCAGACGGGAGCGAGCAAGAUGGCUGCAGCUGCAAAGAGAGGAUUGGAUGGAUCUGCUGGGAAUAACGUAAAAGUGUACGAAGAGGGUCAUCCGCUGAAUGAAGAGACUCUCAAACAGAGGGGCUACCAGACACUCAAUAUUCUUAAUCACCCUUUCCACCUGCCCGACCGCUGGAAGCUUCUUCGACCAUUAGGCCAAGGUGCCUACGGUCUAGUCAUCCAAGUACAAGAUGCCGAGACGGAAAUUCCUAUCGCUGUCAAGUGUGUGACUAGGGUGUUUGACAAGGUUAUUUUGGCGAGAAGAGCGUUGAGAGAGAUUACGUUGCUGAGGCAUUUUGGAGAACAUGAUAAUCUGACAGGGUUGGUAGAUAUGGAUAACGUCUGGGAUGGGUAUAAUGAAAUUUACCUAUACAUGGAGCCCAUGGAAGCAGAUCUUCAUCAGAUCAUCCGCUCCGGUCAGCCCCUCGGGAAUGCGCAUAUCCAGUUCUUUAUCUAUCAACUCUUACGAGGCAUGAAAUACAUCCACUCCGCCAACGUCAUCCAUCGUGAUCUCAAACCUGGCAACUUGCUCGUAAACUCGGGUUGCGAAUUGAAAAUCUGCGAUUUUGGGUUGGCCAGAGGGUUCAAUCCCGUUAAGGGCGAGGAACCUCAGGGAGAGGAAGGAAAAUUGACAGAAUAUGUCGCGACGAGAUGGUAUAGAGCACCAGAGAUCAUGUUGUCCAACCGAAGAUACACCACAGCUAUCGACGUCUGGUCGAUAGGGUGUAUACUAGCCGAGUUGCUGGGGUUAAAACCCGUGUUCAAGGGGAAAGACUAUAUCGAACAAAUGACCCUCAUUCUUGAAACACUUGGGACACCAGAUGAGGAGACUAUGGCCCGGGUGGCCAGUGAAAAGGCUCUUACUUUCUUGAAGACUUUGCCAACUUAUGAGAAGAAAGAUCUGGGGAGUAUAUUCCCCGAUGCCGAUCCUCUAGCCGUCGACUUGACCGAUAAGUUAUUGGAGUUUGAUCCCACCCGUCGAAUUGACGUUCCGUCGGCUUUAACACAUGCUUAUGUCGAGAGAUACCAUGAUCCGGAAGACGAACCUUCUUGCGAUAAGAUCUUUGACAAAUGGGAGGAAGUCGAAUCGCUCAGCACGAUUGAGGAGUUGAAAGAGGCGAUCACGAGGGAGAUUCAGGGGUUCAGAGAAGAGGUUCGAAUGGCCGCGGAAGAGGACGAUGAAGACGAAGAGUGGGCUGAAGGGGAGUACUUGGACGAUGAAAACGUUUUCCACGAUAGUCCUGGGCCCGCUUUGGCAUCCACUCUCGAGAAAUUCACCUAUCCUGACCAUAUUGCCCCCAGUUCGUCUAUUCUCCCCUCAGCUGCUCGACUUGCUCCUAUAAUUCACCAAUCCCCCAAAGGCAGCAAAUCCCCACACGUCAAAUCAGCUCACUUGCCCUCUGUGCCUUCCUCCGCAAACAGCUCCAAACCCAGCUCCACAGCGGGCUCCGCUCCUCGUACACGCGAGCACUCUCCGACUACGACUUUUAUCACCUCCGCAGAAGAUUACUUUACGGCACAGCAUGGGUUUGGAGGGCCAAACGGACGUGCGUCGAGGCGUUCAAGUAGUCACUCAACGUCUGGGCGACGACCUGCGAGCUUUUUGUUUUCACCAUUUGGUGCGGGUAUGACCCAAAUCGUCCCUACACCCAACGCAUACCCCCGUUCACAUGCCCAAGCUUCUCCUGAACUUACAACAGCCGAGAAAACACCCCGUGACAGACGAUCAAGCGGUCUUUGGCGCACCCGCUCCAGAGCCCAAAGCCAGUCUGGUAAUCUUGUCCUCGAGCGUCUCAGUAGCCUCGAAAUUAAUGACCAUAAAGAUGGAGAAAAGAAUAGGAUCGACGCGCUGCAUGCGGUAGUGGGGUUGGGUGGAGAUGGCGAAGUACCACCGAUGACGGUGUCGCCAAGUGAUGCACCCCCUAGUGAGGUGCCAAAGAGCUUCGGAUAUUAGAGAUUUAGAUGAAUUUAGAAGAGCAUGGAAAGAGGCAUUUUUGAUUAAACUUCUUAUGUUGUAAAUCGUUUGC